AUGCUGAUUCCCAAGGCCGACCGCAAGCUCAUUCACGAGUACCUCUUCCGCGAGGGUGUUCUCGUCGCAAAGAAGGACUUCAACCAGCCCAAGCACGGCGACAUUGACACCAAGAACCUCUAUGUCAUCAAGGCCUGCCAGUCUUUGACCUCGCGCGGUUACCUCAAGACCCAGUUCUCGUGGCAAUGGUACUACUACACCCUCACCGCCGAGGGCCUUGACUACCUCCGCGAGUGGCUCCACCUCCCCGCUGAGAUCGUCCCCCAGACCCACAUCAAGCAGCAGCGCUCC